UGAGAGUGUGUUGUAAUGCCAGGCUGGUUGCUGUCCCCUCAGUGUGUGUGGAUGCUGUCGGUGCUGUGCAGCUCAGACCUGUGUUGGGGCUUUGUCUCCGGCCGGCCCAAGCGCUCAGGAGAGGACGGGACCGCAGCCAGGAUGGAGUAUCUCUCCGGGUCGCUCUACAUACCGACCUCUGGCUCCUGCAGGAACAGAUGUUAUGAGCUAGUGGAGGCCACGCCCCCAAACUGUCGCUGUGACAACCUGUGUAAGACCUACAAGAGCUGCUGCUCUGACUUCAACCAGCUCUGCGUCCGGACAGAGGGAGGUUAUGAAUGCAGCAAGGAUCGAUGUGGCGAGACCCGGAAUGAACAGCACGCCUGCCACUGCUCUGAUGACUGCCUCGCCAGGGGAGACUGCUGCACCAACUACGGGAAGCUGUGCAGAGGAGACACUUCCUGGCUGCAGGCUAAAUGUGAGGAAAUCAGGAGCCCAGAAUGUCCUGCUGGGUUUGCGCGCCCACCUCUCAUCGUACUGUCUCUGGAUGGGUUCAGAGCAUCUUACAUGAAGAAGGGGAGCUCCAUCAUACCCAACAUCAUAAAACUCAGAAAUUGUGGAACCCACGCUCCUUACAUGAGGCCUGUUUAUCCUUCCAAAACCUUUCCUAACCUCUAUUCAAUGUCAACAGGUCUCUAUCCAGAGUCUCAUGGCAUCGUUGGAAACACUAUGUAUGACCCAACAUUUAAUGCAACAUUCAACCUGAUGACCAAUGAAAAGCUGAACCACCGCUGGUGGGGAGGACAACCAAUUUGGAUCACUGCCCUCAGACAGGGACUGAAAGCUGCCCCCUUCUUCUGGCCUGUGGCCAUUCCUUUGGAGAGGAGGAUCCUGACUUUGCUGCAGUGGCUCCAUCUCCCUGAAGGAGAGAGGCCCUAUGUUUAUGCCAUGCACUCUGAGGAACCAGACGCUUCUGGACACAAAAUGGGCCCAAUGAGUGCAGACCUUAACAAUGUUCUGAGGGCAAGUGAUCGGAUUGUGGGUCAGCUGAUGGACGGACUCAAGCAGAUGAAACUGCAUCGAUGUGUCAACAUCAUCCUGGUGGGAGACCACGGUAUGGAAGAGGCUCACUGUGAUCGCACAGAGUUCCUCAGCAACUACAUGACCACAGUUGAUGACAUCAGCCUCAUCCCUGGGUCUCAUGGCAGAAUACGCUCCCGAUAUCCCAGCAACCCCAAUCAUAACCCCAAAGCUGUUGUUGCAAAUCUAACAUGUAAGAAGGCAGAGCAGCACUUUAAGCCGUACCUGAAGCAGCACCUGCCUAAGAGACUGCACUACGCCAACAAUCGACGUAUUGAAGACAUCCACCUGCUGGUGGACAGGAAGUGGCUUGUGGCCAAGAAACCCCCAGUGGGGAGGAGAUCCUGUGGAUCCUUAGGCGACCAUGGAUAUGACAAUAAGAUCAACAGCAUGCAGACUAUUUUUUGUGGCUAUGGACCCUCAUUUAAAUUCAAGACCAAAGUUCCAGCCUUUGAAAACAUUGAACUGUAUAACGUAAUGUGUGAUCUCCUGGGUCUUAUACCAGCUCCAAACAAUGGAACUCAUGGCAGUCUGAACCGCCUGCUGAGAAGACCGACUUUUAGACCCACCAUGCCAGAGGAGGUGUCCAGGCCGACGGCCUCCAAGCUUGCUCCUAUGGCAACAGAUAACUUGGUCUGCAACUGCGAUGAAAAGGUGUCUGCUGAAAGGCUGAACGUGAAGAGAGAUUUUCUUUUUCCAUUAACGAACAAAGUGGAGGAGCUAAACCGGCGAUUGAGGCAAGCUAUUAAUGACAGCAGGAACCUGCCGUACGACCGACCUGCUGUCCUCUUCCAUGCCAAAUACUCCAUCCUACAUCACAGCGACUACAUCAGCAGCUACAGUGAAGCCCUGUUCAUGCCCCUCUGGACAUCCUACACCGUCAGCAGACAGGUACAGUGGUUUCGUCUGCCUCAGUCUCUGCCCAACUGUGUAAGACCGGAUCCCAGAGUCCCACCGGCCCUCAGCCCGUCGUGUUCCAACUACAAAGCAGAGAAACAUGUCACAUAUGCCUUCUUGUACCCGCCGCAGCUUUCCUCAAACCUGGAGAAAAAAAAAGAGGCUAUCCUCAUCACCAACACUGUGCCCAUGUAUUCUGCAUUUAAGAGAAUCUGGAUUUACUUUCAGAGAGCUCUGGUGAAGAAAUACGCCACUGAGAGGAACGGACUGAACCUUCUUGUUGGACCCAUCUUUGACUACAAUUAUGAUGGAGUCAGAGACUCGGCUGAGACAAUCAGAGACCAUGUGAGCGGAGCUGUCCCAAUACCGACUCAUUACUUCGUGGUCCUGACCAGCUGCCUGGAUUUCAGACAGCCUGCAGACUCAUGCAAUGGUGCACUGAGAAGCGCCGCUUUCAUCCUGCCACACCGACCCAACAACGCCGAAACCUGCAACAGGUCUGAGGAUUGUUCCCGCUGGGUGGAGGACCUGAUGAAGAUGCACACGGCCCGGAUCAGAGAUGUGGAGCUACUCACAGGCCUGGACCUGUACCGGAGAACCAGCCGGAGCUACACUGAGAUCCUCUCCUUAAAAACAUACAUGUACACAUAUGAGAGCGAGAUCUGACCUCUGCUGACCUUUUCUGCAGCUGUGGUGGAGAAAUGUGGCACACACUCCUAUCUCUGUCUGUCUAUGUACAGCUAUCACACCACUGAACCGUUCCAAAACUGUGCAAAGGUCUUCAAUCAUUCCUCAACUCACCUUCCUGUUGAAGAUCAUGUAGCCUUUCCAUUCCCUGAAGGACUUUCUAGAGUAGCAGAGAUACAAUUUUACAUCCUCUUGGCACCUUAGUAUAAACACCCUGCUCUAAAAAAUCAGUUUGUUUGCACUUUUUCUUUUAAGCUACACAUCACACUCAAAGCAUCCCAGAUUGAAAGGUAUAAUAAUCAUAUUUUUGCACUUAUGUAAGUCCUGAGCAGGAGUUAUGUUACACCUCAACCUUCCAAAGUUGGUUUAAAGGCUGUUGCCUCUGCACUUUGUUGCCCCUGCAUCCCAUCAGCUAAAGCUGGAGUCUAAAGAAUCUUCUCUGCAGCAGCUCCAGGUUUGGAUUGUUUCAGAGCAUCAAAAAAAUGUUAAUAUCAAACAAAAAUAUUCUGUUUGUAAACCUGUGGCUCUUUAUCUUAUUCACCAAGCCAGAGAUUUUAAUAUUAAUCAACUGGCACUAAUACUUCCGACUCUACUUUACAGUCCCACAUAUGUUGGUUUCUUUCAGAACUGUUGUUACACAGUACAUGAAUAUUCUAAUUAGCUUAAUGAAAAUCAUGUGGAAUUUGUGUUAAUCAUCCAUCCUCAAUACCUGCUUAGUUCCUGCAGGGGGAGCCUGUCUGCAGGGGUAUGUGUACUCUCCCUGCAGGUCACCAGUAGACACACACACACACUCAAAGCUUAGCACAAUGAGGUUCCGUUAGAAGCUGUGAGAUGAGUUGCAGUUUUACCACUUCACCAUUCUUAGAAAAUAAUCCACAGGCUAAUAUGGAAUCACUCUGGCUGGAGAAUAUUGAAUAAACCUGAUCUGUAUACCACCCUUUAUAAGAAAGCCUUUGAUUUUAAUUGCAAUAUAAUGGUAAUGAUGUGUCUGUGUUUGUGAGGUUGUGUGUGUGGUUGUGUGUGUGAUGUGACUUUGAUUUGUGCACAAUUAAAUUUGUUGAUUAAAAUAAAAGUUUGAUCAAAAACACCAUCUGUGAAUUCAA